GAACUCCCCCGUCUUCACAGCACCACUAUAUACUAUAUAAUACCCGGACUGCGUUACUGCCUAUAUCUCGAAACAGGUGCUUUAACUCACUCCUUACAUGACGCCCAACUCGCCGGCGUCAGCCUCAGCAUCGUCGCCAUCAUCAGCCAAACCAUUCCAACCAGUACAGACAUUACGUCGUACCCGCUUCGUCCUCAUAUCCGAUACCCACAGAUGCACUCCAGCCCUGCCCCGCGGAGACGUCCUCAUUCACGCCGGCGACCUCACAAACCAGGGCUCUUUCUCCGAACUCUCCCGUGCCAUACAGUGGCUUGAAAAGACCGAUUUCGAGGCAAAGAUUGUCGUCGCAGAUCUGCGACAUGAACUGCCCAAAUCUCUGAUGCCCUUUUGGGGGAUCGACAUGCCAGGAAACCAUGAUUUGGCUUUAGACCGCGAGCUCGACAGGGGAAACGGCCCAUCAGACUCAUCUGCGGACGACUGCAUCUCCCUCAUGACCUCCUCCCCAAGUAUCACCUACCUAACUCAUGCCGCCGCUCAGAUCCGCCUCACCUCACCCAAGGGCCCUCGUACUACUUUCAGGGUCUUCGGCUCCCCCUACUCCCCCCGCAACGCCCACCAUGGCAUCUUCGCAGCCUUUACCUACCCCCCGGCGCUCCCGACAGCACAGCCACAGCCACAGCCACAGCCACAGCCACCCGAGAGCCUGCCGACGUUGUGGGACGACAUACCCCUCGACACCGACGUCGUCGUCACCCACACACCUCCCAGGACGCACUGCGACCACCAAAUCAAAGACGGCCUCCCCGCGGGUUGCGAGGCGCUACGAAGGGCGUUAUGGCGCGUAAGGCCGCGGCUGGCCGUGUGCGGCCAUAUCCACCAGGCCCGCGGUGCGGAGCGCGUUCUCUGGGAACUGGGGUGCGGCCAUGUCGCCUUCCAAGAGGCAGGCGUGCGGCGCUGGGCUGAUCCGGACCCGGCCGGGAGGAAGAUGAGUCUCGUCGACCUGACUGCCAGAGACCGCGAUCCGUUGCGAAACGACGGCUCGCAUCGUCAUACGACAGGGCCCAAGUCCGCCUCCGUGCCGCUCGCGGAGUCGGCCGAGGUCAAGGGGUUUGGGGGAGAACCAGCUUCUCAUCGGUCUGAUCAGACCGCCCUCCUAGGCAGACGGGGAAGACAGGAGACCUGUGUCGUCAACUGCGCCAUAAUGGCCAAAAGCUACCCCCACGUGGGUGGACGGACCAUGAACAAGCCCAUCGUAGUUGACUUGGACCUUCCGACUUGGGACCUUUAAACCGUUUGCGAGGGUGUGAGGGUGUGAGGGUGUGAGGACUAUAGUAAGAAGUGUCUCUACACUUCAUCUUGGUUCGGUGAUAUGG